AUGGAAGAUCUCGCGAUUCAUCUCGUGGCCGCAAUAGCCCGAGAUGGCCGCGCGACACAACACCGGGUACCCAGGGAUUCCGGCCCUCCAGGAGAGAAGGCCCACCAGCUCCGAACAUUGACAAACCCACCAGAGCUUCUUCACCAACAAUGCCAUCGGAAGUUUUGCCGUCGCAAAGUCCACUACAUGGUUCCCGUCGAGAUCAUGCGCUCGAUGGAACUAGCCAGGAUCGGAUUUUACCGUCACGACCUGCUUCGCCUGCACAAACCAUCCCUCCAAAAUCCGAGACUAUAUCUCAACGCUCAUCCCCACCUUUAG